GAGGCUGCAGGAACCCGAAGCAGAGCAUAGGCUGAUGAACGUAAAACUAAUACGCUUUUCUAUUGAUAUGCAUUAGACAAAUGUAUAACUGGAACAUCACAACCACGAUUUUAUGGACAAUAUUGCUUAAGAUGAGGAAGGCACACCAACCGGUGACUCACAGAUAGGAGGCUCCUUUGCUCCAGGUCUGCUCUCAACCUACCUGUGUCAACAAGAGACUACCAGGCAGUUAAGAGCAAUGAAACUUGUGAAGACAAAAUGAUCUCUUAGAAAAGCCUUCUGUGGGAAAUGAAAUCAGUGUCUUGAAGAGACAUCUGCACUCCCGUGUUCAUUGCAGCAUUAUUUACAAAAGCCAAAAUAGGAAAACAGCCUAAGUGUCCACUGAUGGAUGAAUGGAUGAAGAAAAUGUGAUAUAUACACAAUGGAACAUUAUUCAGCUAUAAAAAAAGAAAGAAAUUCUGCCACUUGUGACGACGCAGAUGAACGUGGAGGACAUUAUGAAUUAGCCGGUAUAGGAAUGAACGAGCAUGGAGAUUUGAAAUUGCACGGAUUGGAAGGAAGCUCAGAACAUCUUGGAAAAUGUAUACAAGUCAUGAAGACAUUGGGUAUGAUUUUGAAGAUGACCCCAAGGAUAAGAAGACACUUAAACCCCACCCAGACAUUGAUGGCGGAUGGGCUUGGAUGAUGGUCCUUUCCUCUUUCUUUGUGCACAUCCUCAUCAUGGGCUCCCAGAUGGCCCUGGGAGUCCUCAAUGUGGAGUGGCUUGAAGAAUUCCAUCAGAGCCGUGGCCUGACGGCGUGGGUCAGCUCCCUCAGCAUGGGCGUCACCUUGAUUGUGGGACCUUUCAUUGGCUUGUUCAUUAACACCUGUGGGUGCCGCCAGACCGCCAUCAUCGGAGGGCUGCUGAACUCGCUGGGCUGGGUGUUGAGUGCCUACGCUGCAAACGUGCAUUAUCUCUUCAUUACCUUCGGAGUGGCAGCCGGCUUUGGCAGCGGGAUGGCCUACUUGCCGGCCGUGGUCAUGGUGGGCAGGUACUUCCAGAAGAGGCGCGCGCUCGCCCAGGGCCUCAGCACCACCGGGACCGGGUUUGGCACAUUCCUCAUGACGGUUUUGCUCAAGUACCUGUGCGCAGAGUACGGAUGGCGGAAUGCCAUGUUCAUCCAAGGCGCGGUGUCCCUGAACCUGUGUGUUUGCGGGGCGCUCAUGAGGCCCCUCUCUCCUGGGACGGAUGGAGACGACCCAGAAGGGAAAGAGCCACACGUCCUCCCGGCUCACUCCACCGAAUCUGUUCGGUCCAGUGGACAGCUGGGCGGAGCGGAAGAGAAGGGGGGCGGCCCCGGCACCGAGGACUCCCUCGGGGACAUGCCAGCCCAGGCGUGCCACGAGAAGGCUGCACACAGAAAGGACAUGUGCGCCUUUCGGGUUCUGAAGACCGUGAGCCGGCUGACCAUGAGGGUCAGGAAGGGCUUCCGGGAUUGGUACUUGGGCUAUUUUGGGACAGCCUCGCUCUUUACUAAUCGGAUGUUUGUUGCCUUUAUUUUCUGGGCUCUGUUUGCAUACAGCAGCUUUGUCAUCCCUUUCAUUCACCUCCCAGAAAUAGUCAAUUUGUAUAAUUUAUCAGAGCAAAACGAUGUUUUCCCUCUGACUUCGAUCAUAGCAAUAGUUCAUAUCUUCGGAAAAGUGAUCCUCGGCGUUGUGGCCGACUUGCCUUGCAUCAGCGUUUGGAAUGUCUUCCUGAUGACCAACUUCACCCUAGUCCUCAGCAUUUUUAUUCUGCCCUUGAUGCACACGUACGCUGGCCUGGCAGUCAUCUGUGCACUGAUAGGGUUUUCCAGCGGUUAUUUCUCCCUGAUGCCGGUGGUGACUGAAGACUUGGUGGGGAUUGAGCACUUAGCCAACGCGUACGGCAUCAUCAUCUGUGCUAACGGCAUCUCUGCGUUGCUGGGACCACCUUUUGCAGGGUGGAUCUACGACAUCACACAAAAAUAUGAUUUUUCCUUUUAUAUAUGUGGUUUACUCUACAUGAAGAAACCCAAGGAGGAUUUUCGCUUUUACAAAAAGAAAAGGGGAACCACGUUCAGCGUUUGUUUUGCUGUGAACCUUUAUAGAGGCAGCUCGGCCGGAGCAGCAAGAGUGGCGCCGUCAGGCUCCUUCCGGGGAACCACAUUCUGCAAUUCAGCCUCAAGUCGCCAUAGCUUUGAACUGUGUCUGUGAGCAUCUGUACUUGAUCUCGAUUUUGUGCAUCCAUGAGCAAGAUGUGACCUAAGGUCAUGGCUUCUUUGCUUUAUGCCAUUUCAGUUAAGGUUUCACAGAACACUCUGCUUUCAGAUAGUGGGGAAAACCUGUAAAUGGGUUUUAAGCAGAAGACUAUGCUGGAUUUCAGAAAUUGUUACAGGGAGCUGUUGAUCUACCAGUGUAAAACAAAAGCAGGCUCUAACUUCAAAGGUAAUAUAUUUGGUACAAUUAAAGAAACACAGCUUAUAUUUUUAUUAAAGAAUUCUGCAGCUAGGGCAUACAAUUUCUAAAUCUUUCUCUAAGAAAAGCAUUUGCCGUUACUCCUAAUUCAAUAUUAUCCAGUUAUAAACUGAACCUUGAGACAAAACCUUAACAAAUAAAUAUUAAUAAUCUCCUUAGUGAAAGUCAUAUUCAUGCAUACAACCACUGAAUCAAGGGCUACGAUUCAAGCACUUUUAUUCAUUUCAUUGGCCUCUUAGUUUAUGAGCACGAUCUGAGGCCUAUAGAAAAAAUUUUUUCUGAGUUUCUCCUGCCCAGUAAAUAAAAUAGAAAACUAAUUGCUGGUUAACAUGUAAAGUUGGUGGUUAAAUCGUCUGUCAAGCAUGUUACUAAUCCCAAAUAUGAGACUAUCAGGUUGUGAGGAUAAUAAAAUGCCCUUGGUCCAAAUGUCUGUGCACUUGACAUUGCAGUAGUGGUAACAAAUAGCCCUUCUCCAGUGUCUUGCUGUUCUAUGGACAGUUCAUCUGCCUGAGCUCAGCACAGUUUUUAAAAUAGUUCUCUUGAUUGAUUUCAAACAGAAGAUAACUGUGAUCCGUGAUAUCACGUAAUGCUCUUCCUUUAUCGGAGAUCUCUAUUUUUCUAAGCCAAACAUGUUUCACACUGCAGAAUGUUCUUCCCAGAAUCAUUCUGAAAUUUCUGGCUGCCUUACUUGUUUACACAUAUUUUAGAACUAUUUAAAUUUCCACUUACAAUUUGCUCAUCACACACACACAAAAAUGCUUUAAUAUCAUGGCCAGUGUCCUGGGUCAAAUUUAUCUAAAGUGAGUACAGACCAUUCUCAGUUAUCCUUGGUAAUUAGAGGCAGGAAUGGUACUAGUAAUUGGAGUCACAGAAUGUUACCCCAGCCUAAUUUUAGCCAUCCAUUUCAGUCUUUUACUCCACCAAACCCUUUAGAGCUGUUAACAAGUGAUUACAUGGACACGAUUCCUUUUUGUUUCAUCUCCACUAUUUCCUGCUCUAAUAUCUAGUGGGAGGGGUUGGGUAAUGAAAGGGACCACCAAAAUAACAAUAAUCAUAAAAGGCGGCUAAUGGAAAGGAGAAACAAAAGCAUGGCUAACAUAUGCAAUAUUACCUCCAAUGAUUCAAGAAUUGCCUGUAAAUUAUUAUAGAUAAUAAAUUGCAUGUCGUACUCCAUUUGGUCCAACACAAUGACCUGUUUGUUAUCAUGACAUCUUUGGCUGCUGUGAAAGAACCCAGCUCUCUGUUUUUGAUAAAGGUAAUCUUAAAUGCUGAGGCAACGUUUUUCUCUCUAUAUAUUUACCAUUAAACUAGGAUGAUAGAUUGAAAAACAUGUUGUGUGUUUUAAAACUGACUACAUUACUCCCUUACUUUUAUUUACUGACAAUACCAAAUUAACAAGAGGCGGUGUUAAAUACUGGGAAUGGUGCUAUACAGCUGAUGCAUUUUGAUGCUUGCACUACUAGUUGUGCAUCACAAAUACGAACUUUUUAUCCAAUGACCCAGCUUUAGUUAAAUAUCCAAGUGAGACCUGCUUAUGUUCAGUCUGUCCAGUUGUUUGUUGAUUUACCAUAUUUUUAGAAGUGGUGAUCUCUACCAAAUCAAGUCCCUGCUUUACAAAGACAAAAGUAAAACCUACUUGCAAUAUUCAUGUUGCCAACAGAAAAAAAAGAGAAUGCUUAUAAAGAAUUACAGCAAAUACAUUAUUUCCUGUUUAAAUGUAUCCUGAUGAUAUAUAGGGUUGAUUGUAUAUUUGUUAUGUGCUUUAUAGGUUUCCCCUCACAUAUCCAAAUACUUUUUAUUUACAUAAAACUAAAUAAAUUUUGUCCUCUUUAAAGAUGGUCAGUGAGUUUUUGUACAAAAUCUUUAUUUUCUUAUCUUUAAGAGGAAAACUCCUAAAAUAUAAGUGAUAAUUAUCUGUUUGGUUCUUUCCCCUGGAAGAGUUUUUCUCUAGGUAUGGUUAUAAAACCACCGAGAGAGAAUCACUGAGCGUGAUUGUUAGAAGGGCCAAGUUCAGCUACAAAAUUUAAAAUGCACACACCCUAUAAUCCAGCAACUGCAUUUCUAAAAUUUUUUCCUACAUAUGAACAAAGACAAAUGAACAAGGAUUUUUUGAUUUAUUGUUUGUUAUAUAAAAGACUGGAAAUAAUUUAAAUGUCCAUCAAUGGGAACUGUUAGAGUAUGGUAUUUAUGCAACUGUUAAAAAAAAAAAAAAGACCGAUUCAUAUGUAAAAUUAGACAACAGUAUCCAAGAUAUAUUGCUAAGAGAAAAAAAGCAAGACAUGUUUAAUGUACCCCCAAU